UUCUUUUGUAUUCCCUGUUCUAAACCCUAGCCUCCCCUUCCUCUUCUACAUUAGUCAUCGCAACCAUCACUAAAUAAGAUUAAGAUCUCGAUCAACCAUUACAGGUAUGUUCUUGAUCUUCGGGUCCGUAUUUUCAUUCUUGGAUAUCCAGCUUUUUACUCGAUCUUAUAAACAAAUAGACGCACACAUCAAAAACCCUAAAAGCUCCCACGUUCUUCUUGAAUCGCCUGACAAAGGAUUCCAAAAUCAAACCGAUUCACUUCCAGGUAUGUCGAUUCUGUAGAUAUUGAUUCUAUACUUCACAUUUGUUUAUGGUUUGAUUUGGGGGUUUUAGGGUUUUGUUACUUUAGGCUUAUUUUUUAUUUGGUGCUUUAAUUUGCGUUGUUUUUUUUUAUUAUUUAUGUUCUUGCUUUUUUGUUAUCGAGUGUUUGAUUCUGGGGAAAAGAACAUCAGAUUCAUAUUUGAUCAUGGUUUUUUUAAUCAUAUUCUCAGUUUCGACCCACUAAAGGAUCGUAUACGUUUGCAAUUCGUGUAUUUGAUUAUUUGAGUUCAGAAUAAUACAUUCCAGCAGUUAUUUUUUUGUCGAGCAUUAAUAAUCACCGAUUCAUUGCUAUUGGUUGCCAAAGUUUUAUACAAUUUCAUAGAAUAUAGAAUACUACGAGAAGGCUUGGAUGAUUAGAUAAUGGAGAGCCUUCUGUUGGUCCUAUUUACCCAAUCUUCUUGCAAAAAGAUGGGUUCCCACCAUUUGAUUCUGAUCUAAAAACCACCUGGGAUGUCUUUAGGAAUUCAGUUGAAAAGUAUCCACACAACAAGAUGCUGGGAUGGAGAGAGUUUGUUGAUGGAAAAUGGGGGCCAUAUUUGUGGAAGAGUUACAAGACUGUGUAUGAGUAGGUUUUGAAUGCUGCUGCAGCCUUGUGGUCUUCAGGAAUUGGACCUGGCUGUAAAGUGGGAAUCUAUGGAGCAAACUGCCCUCAAUGGAUUGUGGCAAUGGAGGUUGUUACCAAGUCAUCAAAUGUAUACCCAAAGACGCCGAAGCACCACCAUUUGGAGUUGAUGACAUGACAAAGCUGGCUUAUUUGCAUGAACCAGGGGUUUUAAAUAAUAUGAGAUCCAGAUACGAUAUUAACGAGAUUUAUACUUACACAGGGAGUAUAUUAAUAGCCGUAAAUCCUUUCACAAGAUUGGCACAUUUGUGUAAUAGCCAUAUGAUGGCACAAUACAAAGAGGCAGCAUUUGGGGAAUUGAGCCCUUAUCCUUUUGCAGUUGCAGAUGCAGUAUACAGAGUUAUGAUCAACGAAGAUAUAAGUCAGUCAAUUUUGGUUAGUGGAGAAAGCGGGGCUGGUAAAACUGGAAGCACAAACCAGCUGAUGCGUUAUCUUGCUUACAUGGGAGGUAGAGCUUCUACUGACGGAAGUAGUGUUGAACAUAAAGUUCUAGAGGUAAACUACAAGAAGCUUAUACAGUUGCUGGUGGGAUAGCAGAACAUGCGUUUCUUCGAUUAAAACAAUUCAUUCUUACGUUGGAGAGAAAAAAUGGUGAGUCAGUUUUCAGAUGCGUUAAUACCAACUUUAGCUCUAGGUAUUACACAAGGUUUGUUAAAAGGAAUGCUUUUUGGUAGCAUCGAAAUUAUAUUUUCUAUUUUCGCUCUUAUGAGCUGGUAUAGGAGCAUCUUGGUCAUCAAAAAAGGAAUCAAAGGGAGGACACUAAUACCGUGAAGGUGAAUGACGCAUAACUUAGCACCAUGAAGACCCUAUAACAGUGAGUUUGCUUCUUCUAGCGUAGCUAUAUGAUUUUGAUUCUAUGUUAAUUUCAUUUCAUUAUGAGUAACAACUUAAACCGAAAUAUGUAUAUACAUUUGAGGCUUAAAACAUGAGUGUUUGAUACAAUCUCUUAUAUUGUUAUGUAAAUUGAUUCAGUCUCUUUCUAA